AGAAAAGGAGGCCGGACUAUGUUGCGUGUCGAGUUUGAGUGAAGAAACAGAGUAUGAGCAGCUCUUGAGGGGAAGAAGCAACACCUAGCGUGGAAAUUGCAAAUAUCCUCAUCGAUGAAAUUUGAGCUAAGGGCGCAGGAUUGCGAAGCGCACGGCAAAGGAGAAUCACCUGCUAGAUUUUCUGGACGAUUUUCUUGAGAAAAGGAAGGGAAAAUUUUCCGCGACUUUCUUGUUUUCCCGUCAGAUUCCAUCACUUUCGUGCUUGUAUCGUGCUGGGUACAGAUUUGGAUUGGGGUCCGUACACUUCUUUGUUCGCCUGCUGCACGUGCAGGGGAGUGGUAAGGCUUGAUAUACAUUGUUGGUCCACAACCAAACAACUUAAGCUUUUAGGUGCAUGUGUGGUCAAAAUCCCAAUUCUUGGUGUCUUUGGAUAUCCUUAACUGAAUGUUGCUAUUAUAGCAAUACCAUAUAGCUCCAAAGAUCACUUCCUUUGAGGUUUUUUAUGGGUAUUCUCCUCAAUUGAGCUGGGCCUAGAUUCAAUUUUGGGUAUUUCAGUGGCUUAAUAUUAUGACUUCCUCUCCAAAAGCCUUCACAUGGUUAGAAUUUAAAGCACAUUUUGCAGCAAGCCCCCAUUAGAUGAAACAGCUAGCACAUCGUACUUGCACUGAACGAGAUCUUAAUCCUUGAAGAUUAUGUUUGUCUGAAACUGCGCUGUUACUGGUAGACCACAGUUGCUCUCUGGAAGUGCCUCAAACUACCACCCAAACAUUUUGGUCCCUGCAAUGUUUUGGCUAAAGCAAGGCCAAUUGCUGAUAGAUUGGAGUUCCCACCUCAAGCUACUACCGCUUAUAGAUGGAGGACAUCCUUUGUUUCAUGCUUCCCUUAAGCGGAUGGUUGGCAAUAGUAGUGCAACAAGUGCUGGUUCAAUCAUCCAACUUCCCUCCUUGAAGAUGCUUCUUGGGAGGACUGGACAUUCUUGAAGUCCCAAUUUCGGUUCUUUCAAACUUGAAGACAAGGCUUGUUUAAAACAAUGAAUGCAAAACCCAAGAGGAGAACUGUAACAGAAAAUGGGGAUGCGGGAGAGGACUUGCUCCUUGCAACUUCUGUUGGGAAUAGAAUGGAUCUAGGCCCAACUGUGAGACAUGCUUUUGAAGCAGGGCAGCCUGAUGCCCUUCUUCAACAGCUUAAGAAUGUUGUGAAGAAGAAGGAAGUUGAAAUUGAGGAGCUAUGCAAGACCCACUAUGAGGAAUUCAUUCUAGCUGUUGAUGAGCUCCGUGGUGUCCUGGUUGAUGCUGAAGAGCUGAAAGGUGAGCUUUCGAAUGAUAAUUUUAAUUUGCAGGAGGUUGGGAGUGCACUUUUGUUAAGAAUCGAGGAGCUCAUUGAGUAUUAUUCUAUCCAAAAGAAUGUGACUGAAGCCAUAAAGAUGUCAAGGAACUGCAUUCAGGUGUUAGAACUUUGUCUGAAGUGUAAUAAUCACAUAUCUGAGCAUCAGUUUUAUCCUGCUUUGAGAACUGUGGAUCUGAUUGAGGGAAAGUACUUGCAGAACAUCCCCAUUCAGGCACUCCAAGUGAUGAUACAAAAGCGGAUACUAGUAAUCAAAUCACAUAUUGAGAGGAAAGUAUGUUCUGAAUUUAAUGAAUGGCUAGUUCACAUAAGGAGCAGUGCAAAAGAUAUUGGACAAACGGCAAUUGGACAUGCUGCAUCAGCCCGUCAAAGGGACAAAGAAAUGUUGGCCCUUCAAAAGGAAGCUGAGGAGAGUAACUAUUUUGGUUUAGCAGAUGUUGCAUUUGCUUUAGAUGUUGAGGAAAUUGAUGAAGAAUCUGUUCUCAAAUUUGACCUCACACCUCUUUAUCGGGCAUAUCACAUUCACACUUGCCUUGGAAUCCAAGAGCAGUUUUGUGAACAUUACUUUAAGAAUCGGUUAUUGCAGCUCAACUCAGACUUGCAGAUCUCGUCUACACAACCUUUUCUUGAAUAUUAUCAAACUUUUUUGGCUCAAAUUGUUGGUUAUUUUAUGGUGGAGGAUCGGGUCUUGAGGACUGCUGGGGGUUUGUUGUCAGGUAAUCAGGUUGCAACAAUGUGGGAAACGGCUGUAGCUAAAGUGACAGCUGUUUUGGAAGAACAGUUUUCCAAUAUAGAUUCUGUGGCCCAUCUUGUUGCUGUCAAGGAUUAUGUCACCCUUCUCGGGGUGACUCUUCGACGGCAUGGAUAUGAAGUAGGUCCACUUCUUGAAGUUCUUGACGGUAGUCGAGACAAAUACCAUGAGCUUCUUUUGGAAGACUGUCAACAACGAAUUGCUGAUGUUAUUGCCAAAGACACCUAUGAACAGGUGGUAAUGAGAAAGGAUACAGACUAUAAUACAAGUGUCAAGGCGUUUCAUCUCCAAACUUCAGAUAUAAUGCCAGCCUUUCCAUAUGUUGCACCAUUUUCCUCAAUGGUACCUGAUAUCUGCCAUAUUGUUAGAUCAUUCAUCAAUGCGUCAGUUGAUUAUUUGUCAUAUGGAGGAAAUAUGAAUUUUUAUGAUUUUGUGAAGAAGUAUUUGGAUAAGCUGUUGAUUGAUGUCCUAAAUGAUGUUAUGCUUAAAAUGAUUCACAAUGACAGCAUUGGUGUAUCUCAAGCUAUGCGGAUUGCUGCAAACAUUGGUGUUCUUGAAAGAGCUUGUGAUUUUUUUCUUCAACAUGCAGCCCAACAAUGUGGGAUCCUGGGCCGGUCGGUUGAGAGGCCUCAAGCCAGUUUAGCAGCCAAAGUGGUUCUGAAAACUUCAAGGGACGCAGCCUAUGUUACUUUACUGAAUUUGGUGAACUCCAAGUUAGGUGUGUGUAUGGCACUUGCAGAAAAUGUCAAUUGGACUUCAGAUGAAAUACCUGUGAAUGGAAAUGAGUAUGUAAAUGAAGUGGUUAUUUACCUUGACACCAUUAUAUGCACAGCACAGCAAAUUUUACCUUCAGAUGCUUUGUACAAGCUUGGGAGUGGAGCUUUUGAGCAUAUUUCCAACACUAUUAUAGCAGCUUUUCUUAGUGAUGGGGUGAAGAGGUUCAAUGUUAAUGCAGUCAUGGGCAUCAACAAUGAUUUAAAGAUAAUAGAAUCUUUUGCUGAUGAGAGGUUUCAUAGUACUGGUCUAACUGAAAUAUACCCUGAAGGUAGUUUCAGAGGCUGCUUAAUGGAAGCACGGCAAUUGGUAAAUCUGCUCUUGAGCACUCAGCCAGAGAGCUUCUUGAAUCCUGUAAUAAGGGAGAAAAAUUACGGCACUUUGGAUUACAAGAAGUUGCAAUUUAUAUGUGCGAAAUACAAGGAUUCCCCAGAUGGGCUGUUCGGAAGCCUUUCCAACAGAAAUACGAAGCAAAAUGCUCGAAAAAAGUCAAUGGAUAUGUUAAAGAGAAGACUGAGGGACUUUAAUUAACAGUGACAGCAGUCUGAAUAUUAUUUCUGCAUUGGAAAUAGGUUCACUUCUGAUCUAUGAUGUUUUAGUCUAAAAGAUUCUUUUAUUUUCGCAAAUUUUUUACCUGAAACAAAUGUUUUUCACAUUGCUUUGUUGCAUAAUAUCCUUUAUUCAUAAUAA